CUUCGCUAGGCGAGGGGCAGCGCACUAACGGUGACCCAUAUUUCCAGGGGUUGAGACUUGGCAUCUUCUGUCUUCCAUCUUCUUGUUUCCUGUUAUCCGCCGUGAGUUCAUCCAGAACUGGCCGUUGCUGGCUAGAAUGGCCUAUAAAUGGCUGGGACGGCCUUUGUGCCUUCCACCCUGCUCUUCUCCCCCUCUGUAGGACCGGCUUCCCAAUCAUGUAUCGCCCAGGACAGUUACAUAUUCCGUCUAUCACCGUUCUUGAACACCUUCUAGGCCCAAAUCUUCCGGCCAGACGAUGUCCCAGGCGAUCGCGCCCUCGCUUAUACAGAUUACGACCGCACGCCGCGUCCAGGAAAACCACACUGCUUUCCUCGAACGCUUUGCUGCGCGAGAGGCACAGAGCCGAGCUGCGAAGCAAAAGUCGACGCUCUCGGUUAAACAGCAUGCCUCUCAUCGAGCACAGUUGAGCAAGGUUCACUUCAUCAAGCCGAAAUACUCCCGGGAAACCGAAAUUAAUGUCAGCGGGAUCUUCAAGAAAUGGAAAAGUUACUGUGAGGAUCUGAGGGUUGGCGACUGGGAGGCAACGAUUAAGAGCCUCAAGCGCGAGACGACGCAGGAUUUCUUCCUUUACGUUUGCGAGAACUCUAAGAUUUCAUCACGGGGUAGCGGCGAAGAGUACAUCCGUCAAUUCCAACAACUCUAUACGACAGUGACCGGCCAGUAUAUGGAUCGGAAUGAUGCCAAAGAGGUAUACAAGUAUUAUCGUUGCGUCUUAAGUCCUCGCUUUGGUCAUCGGCCACCAAACCUCGAUGGCAAGCCGGUGCUCAACGUGGAUAACUUGCUGGUAAUCUUGACCUUUAAUAUUGCGUACGAUACGAGCAUCUUCCCUGGCGAACGACACCGUAUCCAGCUAACCGGCUGCUACCAACUUCUUUGUUAUACCGGAGCACGACCGGCCGAGCUUGUAGACGGCGAACGGAAGAAACCGAAAGAUGGAUCGGUUGAGCAACUCUUCGGUCGGAAAGUGGUCGAGUCUCCCUCGCCCUCUUCGGACGAUGGCGAGGACAACGGCGAAGAUCGGGGGCCGGCUCCCGAUAAAAACUCCCAGCUGCUUGAAAGCCUUCUCUCUCAAGAGACUCUGGGGCGCGGACGGCCGAAGGCCCUCUGUUAUGAGGAUAUUCAGAUGAUGGUUGUGCGGCAUCCUGUUACUGGACGCUGUAUUCCAGCUAUGGCUAUUAAGUUCGUUCAUCACAAGGGAGCCGACAACAAACCCAAGCCGACCAUCUUCUACUUUUCCCCCACUAGGAAGCUUAUCUUCUGUGCCGUCUCAACAAUCCUCUCGCUCGCCCUACAUGACAAGGCAUUCGAUGCCCCAAGCUUGACGAAUGCGUCCGCAAUAUUCAGCAAGAAACCACCGCGGUCCCAGCAAUGUAUCCCGCUUCGAUGGAAGGAAUCCAUGCUCAAAACCCCGCUGUUUCGUAGAUACAGAGGGACAUCGCUCUCUGGAGCCGAGGCCAUGUUAUAUUCUAAGCUUAGAGACGAUAUCGGUCAGCAGAGUCUUGAUUCAGGACACGAGAAAAGAUGGACGCCUAGAUUUGCUAGAAGAGGCGCCGCAAAUGCUGCUAAUGGAGACGCACCAGACUCUGUGCGUGACCAAAUGAUGCGCCACGAUCCUCAAUUUGUGACAUUUCAUCGUGCUUACCUAAAUGAGAUCGCCAAUUUCGACCUACAGAAUGCUUUCUUGGAAGAAGAGAAAGAAAGUCAGCUGUUCCGACUUUUCGCACACGUUAGUCUUACGCGCGAUCCCCGGGCGACCGCGGACAUGGUACCUGAGGAGGUGUGGGCCAAUCUCGCGCCGGACCCCGAGAUUGUCGAGCUUGAAGAGGAACGAGCCCGGCUGAAGCAGGGUCACUAUCGAAUCGAAGGCCACAAAGAAGAGGAAAAGAUCCAAAAGCUUACCAAUGAGAUCCGCAUCAAGCGUGCACAGCGUGACAGACAGGUGGUUAAGGAAUACCGUGAACAUUAUUUCUACCACCGUCCUACCUGGGAUAUCGAGAGGCAGGCACGAGGGGAAGAAGAGGAAGAGUAUGUUGAGCCCGCUGUUAAUGUUCCUAUCCCAGAGCGAGCGAAAUUGGCGAAGAUUCUUUGCCACCAACCUGACGACCUAACUGAAGACGCGAUCCUACAACAAAGGAUUGAAGUCAUCGACCUUAUAGUUGCUCUCUGCGACAAGAGAGAGACCGUUAAGCGCGAUCGGAUCCAGCAUAGAGCCAAAGCCUGCCCGCCGGUUAAAAUCGAACCAGUAGAAACUAGGCUCGGUCCUGAUGAUUUCCCUCUUCUCAUGCAUGCGGCACAAUGCCCGGAUUGCAUUGGCGACGAGCGACUUUCUCUGGAGGAGCGUGCCUUUACAUACUGUCGGCCUAACGUCAUGAACGAUCAUUUCGAUAGCCAGCAUCUCGUGAGGCGCGAGCAGGCUGAGCAAAGCGGGGACAAGAUUCGGUGCGAGCACCCAAAGUGUCGAAGUCUUAAAUUCAAACAUAUAGAUGACUUUCGGGGCCAUGUCUACAAGGUCCAUGGUGUUGCUCUACGGUCGUCGGAGCAAGUAAAGCAAAGGCGGCUACGGAAAGCAAGACGGCGACAAAUGAUUACGGGCAAAUCUUAGCGAAUUGUUCGGAAUACCAGCUAGGAGGCUAAGAUAUUUUAUAGCAUGCGGGCCGAACUCAUACCCCAAUUUGGCCUGAUAUGUUAUUGUAGCCUAGGAUAGCGUAGAGUCCACCGGCCAAGUAGCUAUCAAACCUAAUAAUGCAAGUAGAUUAUAUUAGUGAA